AACGCGAAACCGCUUGGCUUGCCUUGACUUGGAAAAAAAAUAUAAGCCUUUAAACGCGGGCAAACGAACCGUUUCAAAGCUUCAUAAGCAGGUUAAACGCGUGUCGAUGUACUACGAUCAACUACGAGAGUCAUAUCAUUCUAGAAAAUGAAAACUCUUGCGACUGUAUCAAGCGCUGAUAUAUUGUCCCCGAGAAGCAUAUUCGACGGACCUCCAUCGCACUUGGAAAGCAAUAUAAUCCAAGACCUGGGUGAAAACGUUACUUGUCGCAAAAUCGAGCAGAGUGAUGAACAACACUGUUGUUGGGUGUGGGAUACCAAAUCCAUGUCAGGUUCGAUCACCCUGGGCAAUCAGGAAGAGGUGCUCUUUCAUCCAGAUUACAGCUGUGGUACAGCUGCCAUCAGAGGCGAGAAGCCAUUUGAGUUGGGCAGUCAACAUUAUUGGGAGAUAAGGAUGACUAGUGCUGUCUACGGAACUGAUAUGAUGAUUGGUGUUGGCAGUAGUUCAGUUGACCUAAACAACUCAAGAACGGCUUUUGCAAGUUUGUUGGGCAAGGAUUCAGAGAGCUGGGGACUGUCCUAUUUGGGGACGGUCCAACACCGAGGGGAAAUGAAACAAUUUACGACAAAACUAGAACGAGAUGAUUUAGUAGGAUUGCACCUCGACAUGUGGCAUGGGACUUUGAGCAUUUACAACCACGGCAGAGCAUGCGGGGUUGCUUUCCGUGGCUUACAAAAUAAAGAACUUUAUCCAAUGCUUUCGUCAACAGCUGCAAGAACGAGGAUGAAAUUAGAAAGAAGUUGUACAUUACCAACAACACUGCAGUACCUAUGCUGUGCCAAAAUUGGUAGUCAUAUUUCAGGACCACAGGAUUUAGAGAAGUUGCCUUUGCCUCCGGGAAUGAAACGAUACUUGGGUAAACACAUGGCUUGGGUUUUAGAGACGAAAAGUAGUCCAAAUGCGAAAUAAAAGUGUAAAGCUCUUUGCCUAUAGUUUAACAUAUUUGUGCCGCAAUAAUAUGCAUAGAUUAAAAUUUAGGAUAUAUGAAUACUUGUGUAGAUUAAGAUCUUA